AUGGCAGACCACCAACCACAAUCCAGCCCAGAACCCGCGCACCACAACAACCACCAACCCGACCCGUCACCCCAGAUGACCCACGACGACCGAGAAAAACCCCACAAGGAAGUAAGCGGCUAUGGGUACGCAGCCUACGGCCGCCGCCGCGAGACCAUUGGUAAGGCCGCCGCCGCCAUCCUCCUCCUGGCCGCCGUCACCGUCCUCGUCCUCUGGCUGGUCUACCGCCCUCACCAGCCCAAAUUCCGCGUCGUCGGCGCCGCCCUCCAGCAGCUCAACGCCACGUACUCCCCUACCCCGUCGGUUUCCGCCGCCGUGCAGCUGACGGUGGUCACGCGCAACCCCAACCGCCGCGUGGUCCUCCUCUACGACCAGCUCUCGGCGCUCGUGUCCUACCGGGGCCAGCCCAUCACCCCGCCGGCGCCCCUCCCACCGCUGCGCCACGGGACGAAGAGCACUGUGGCGCUCUCGCCGGUGCUGGGCGGUGGAGGGGCGGUUCCAGCGCCGCCAGACCUGGUCGGGCAGAUCCUGGCAGCGCCGGACGGCGGGGUGGCGGGACUGAGGCUGAUUAUCGACGGGAAGAUAAGGUACAAGGCGGACGGGCCCAUGUUUAAGAGGGGGUGGCACGGGUUGCGCGUGAGGUGCGAUCUGGUGGUGGCGCGGCUGAUGGUGGGGUUCGUUGGGCAGCUGCCUCUGCUCCAGUCUCCGCCGUGCGCUGUCGACACGUGA